GGGUGCCAUGGUCUUCAGUAACACAUGAGCUCUACUAUGUGGUACAUCAUGCAAAGCAUUCAAAGUAAAUACUCCUUGUCCGAGCGGCUCAUCCGCACCAUCGCCGCCAUUCGCUCAUUCCCGCAUGACAACGUGGAAGAUCUCAUUCGCAAGGGUGCUGAUGUGAACCGCAUGCACGGCACGCUGAAGCCCCUGCACUGUGCCUGCAUGGUUGCUGAUGCUGAAUGUGUGGAGCUGCUGUUGGAGAAGGGGGCAGAGGUGAACGCUUUGGAUGGCUAUAACCGCACGGCACUCCACUACGCGGCAGAGAAGGACGAGAGCUGCGUGGAGCUGCUCCUGGAGUACGGGGCUCAGCCCAACGCUCUGGACGGUAACAAGGACACCCCGCUCCACUGGGCAGCCUUCAAAGACAACCCAGAGUGUGUGAGAGCACUGCUCGACAGCGGGGCUUGUCCUAACGCCCGCGACUACAACAGUGACACGCCGCUCAGCUGGGCGGCCAUGAAGGGCAACCUGGAAAGCGUCAAAGUGCUUUUGGACUACGGCGCGCGGGUGCACGUGACCAACCUGAAGGGCCAGACGCCCAUCUCGCGACUGGUGGCCCUCUUGGCGCGCGGCCUGGGCACCGAGCAGGAGGAGGAGUGCCUGGAACUGUUGUGCCGAGCGGCCGGGCGCUUAGAGAUCCGCCGGGCCGACGGCACGCUUCCUAAGGAGCUGAGUAAGGAUCCACAGCUACUUGCCAGGCUGACCGGCAUGGCGGCCCAAGCGCCCACGCUGCGCUCUCUAGCGCGCUGCUCCAUCAGGUGGAGUCUGGGCGUGCGCUUCCUGCCGGCGGCGGUCAAAGAGCUUCCUUUACCAGAGACCAUCAAGGAAUAUGUACUCCUCAGAGACUAA